AGUCAGUUGUUCGAAGGUAGCGGGACUUGAUACGUGGUUAAUUCUACGCCUAACAGACUAAGGAUAGGGAGAACAGUCCGUACAAAAGCGGUAGUCGAGCAGCUCGAGUUUUUUUUCUUUUCCGUUUUUGAUCGUUUCCAUCGUUAGUUUUCAUCAUUUUUUCUUUGGUUUCGAUCGUCAGAACUCGAGAGUGAUAAGUUUACCUGAUUUACGUUACACAAAGCUUUGUCUUCGAAUCAUGGAGGUUCUACCUUGCCCCGUCAAUGUCAACUUCAGCAACAAUAGAGCUGAAACAGUGACAGAUGAACUCGACGGAGCUUGUCAGGCUCUGGCGAAAAGGCUGGAAGUCGAGUUGAGGGCUGCGAAACACGCUCAGCUCGCCUGCGGCGAGGUUUUGCUACCCGCAGACCUCCUGCCCAGGAUAGCUAAAGACGUCCUAAAUAUGGCUGAAAAUGAACCCUGCGGUCUCAGAGGUUGUACACUCUUUAUCAGUUUCGAGACCGACAACAUGUGCCGAAGGCUCUCCAGGAUUCAGUGCGAUCCUAGUGCCGUUUCAACAUUUGAACUUUACCUGACCCUCAAGCAGGAUCACACAUCGUGGCACAUUCUUCUCCCACAAUUUUUGAAAAAUUUAACUCGUGGGGGCACAAUCAUGAUCAGCAGGGACUUCACUCUGGAGAAAAAGAAGCUCUACAGGUCCUACCAACAAACAUACUACUGAAGUUGCUCCUUCCAAAACAUCUCAUGGGUCCAUUCUCUUUCGAUCUGAUGAUCCAGUUUGAAGAUUCGUCGCGGCAUGAUUCUCGUCUUGUCAAGGUGAGAGAAAAACAACAAAAAAUGCCGCACGGAGAGAGGAGGCUGUGCAGCUCUCAGUGGGUAUCAAUCUGUAAGACAUUUUUCUCCAAAAAACUGGACCCUAACAUCAAAUUUGUGCACAAACAUCCCAUCUUGCGCGUGCGGUUCGGUUUUCUUUUUUUUUUUUUAAUGUCCAUUGUUGUUCUGAUCGAUGUCCGCGUUGUCGAGGAUCGAGAGUAAAGAAGCAGAAGAAGAAGAAAAAAAGAAAUCUAUUGUGAUAGCGAGAAAAAAAAAACAAAUUCUAGUAAUGGUAGCUCUUCUGAGAAGAGAUUUAUAUCUUCGUUCAUGAAGAUGCAUCAUCAAGACUUUAACAAAUUUCACGUGAUAUGUAGUGGUAUUUAGCGUUUAGGUGAUGUUUUAUUGAUCAGUAGUAGUUAGGUAGGUAGGUUUUCUCAUUUAAUUUUACUUAUUGCGAGUGCAGGUCGCGUGGACCAUUAAUCAUUCUGUAUUCGCUGUCUCGUUUAUGCAUAUAAAUUUGGACCUUAGCUCAUAUGCAGACACGCGAGCGCGAUAAGGCAACUUGACACUCAUGGGCAUAAUUUUUUUUAUGUCCAUGUGUGUGUUUGCAAGUUGGUUGUUACGUGCGCGCGGACCCGAAAGCCACACACGCAUUGACCAGUUUUUUUUUUAGAUACUAAAUUUGUCUGCAUUUUCAUCAACUUUGCUUCAUCGAUUCAUUAUUUCCUCUCGUACGAAAAGAAAAGAAAGAAAGGAAAAAAAUUAGAAAAGAUCGUACCUGGAUUUAGAGGUCAGUGUCGAAAACUGUUGGUACUUCGAGCGAACGAACGAACGAAUGCUUUGUUUAAAGGGAGUUGAUGUCUCUUGUUUUAUUUGUGCGGCUCGGGGUGGGGGGGGGGGGGGGGUAUUUGUAAAAUUGUCCGCCGAAUUGAUAACGAUAAUUAUUACGCCGGUCCACUGAUAGUAUUGUGAUAUUAAAAAAGCAAGUGUGAUUAACGUAAGUUUUAAGUUGAAGCUGUGCAUUGAAUGUGCAAAUUCCUCGCAAAGUACUAAGCCAAGCAACUUUUUCUCCAAUCGACGAUGAAAAAGUUGCGAGCUUGGCUCUCCGAAUUCUUGAUUUCUGAUGGCGGAUUUUGUUCGGUGACCAAAAUUUGGGGUUUCGAAGAGACCAGUGUAAUUGUGGGAAAAUACAUAAGGUUUGCACAGGAAAUUGCCAGUUGGCUAUGAAAUAAAAGGGGGCGGGACGAUUUCGUUUUGCAGGGACGAUCUUGCGAUACAAAAUCGUCGGGUCCGCGGAUAACCGUUAUUCAUGUGAUCUUAUAUCAUUAUUAUGUUUACCUAGUAAGCAGAGUAUAAGAUGCUAUUGUGUAUAUUUUAUUAUUGAGUUGAAGGUAAUGAUAAUAAAGAAGAAAAGAACUAAAGAUAUAGUAUCAAUAAUGAAAUGAUAAUGUAAAAUAUUUAAUUUUUCACGUAUAAUGAAAUGAUAUUACUGAUUAAGUAUUGAAUAUCUGCGGAAUACGAGGGCGCUGCGAUUGAAUCAAGGAGUGUCUUUUUGACGGAAUUUGUGUCUUAAGCGGUCAAACGUUUCUUGCGAUGCAUUUCUUUUAAUGUGUUUCAAGGGACGUCAAGGCACGAAGCUCGUCGUUUUUUCUGCUCCUUGGGGGGAAAAAAAAUGAUCAUAGCGCCUCCGAAAUUUCGCGGACGAAUAAAGUUUAUAUCGACUGGGACGUGGUGAAAUGAAAAAUAAAAAUCGCGUCCUUCUAUCAUCAUCAUCAUCACACUUCUAACUUAUGUAAGGAUGAUUUUCAUGUAAAGCCGUUCAUCUCCGUUUUUUGUAAGCCCCCAAGUAUUGGUAGUGGAGUAUCUAUGUGUAUUUAACUAAACGGAUUCAUGACAGUAUUGUAAUCUUCUUACACCAAAUUCGUUUGCUUUUCCUCGAUUGGGAGGAGAGAGUGCGAGCCAUAAGUUAGACGUGUUUUAGAGAGAUAUUCUUGGUACUGUGAAAUGAAUGGACAUAUCAAGAGUAUUUCCGGAAAACACCAAAGAGGCGUUCUUUGAUCUCACGAGCGCGAGUCACGGAAGAUGCGAAGCUUUUCGUUUGGUCGAAAAAAAAAAAAAGAAGUCGGUUUCUUGUUCUUUUUUUUUUUUCCAGGGAAACCGUCUCCUCGAUUUGGUCGCAAUCUCCGUGACAAUUCGUCGCCGCUGUAAUUUUCAUCGUGUAGCGUUUCAAAUUUCUCUUUUUUUCUUUUGUAAACGCCUAGCUCUACGAACGUAUUGUAUCACUGACUCUUUGCAAUAGCUUUUGUAUUUCGUACACUAUGUGAUGUUAUUUCUAAUUUGUAAUAUUUACAGUAGAAGUGACAAAUAAAAAUGAAGAUUUAA